AUGCGAAGAGGACUGUCCACCAGGCUUCCUGACGGAUUUCUGGAUGGCUUCGACAGUCUACCAUGCGUUGUAAUGAACGAAAUCUUCCUUAAUCUACCCGGUGAAGAGAUUCCGAAUCUUCAGUCGGUUAGCAAGAGAUGGAAGAAUCUGAUCAGCCCUAGACGAUCUCGCUAUCCCAGAAAUUCCAUAUCUGAUCUUAACGAUCAGUUUCAACAAUGGGAUACGUACCUAUCACACAACCAACCAGAAGGGAAUCAGAGAUGGUGCUCGCACAAUCUGGCAUCGGCUGUACCUCAUAUUUCCAUUGACUGCCUUGAACUACGAAUUCAUCACAUCAAUGAACAGUUCGACGACCUUCAGUUAAGCACGAUCAACACUCGAUCAGUUGACAUCACUUUCUGCAGGCCAAUCGGGUCCAGCUCAACUGAGCAUAUCGUCAGGCUUCUGAGAAAUAUCUCCAAGAAUCGAUCAAUCGAAUCAGUUCGCCUUUCGUCAGAAGUAGCUCAACUUCCUUCAACGAUUGUCAGCGAAAUCACCGAACUUUUCGAAUCUAAUCGAAUCCAGCUGAGAUUGGACUUGUAA